AUGCCCAAGACUCUCCCCGAGAUGAUGACCUCGCUCCGCAUCACUGCGGACGGGGAGGUUGAGAUCGUCGACCAACUCCUCCUCCCCCACGAGGUCAAGUGGGACAAGGUCGAGACGCCGGAGCAGGCAUUCGACGCGAUCAAGAGCAUGAAGAUCCGCGGAGCCCCGGCCAUUGCGUCGCUCGCAGCCCUCUCCGUCCGUUCGCACCUCUCCUCGGCUGCCGUUCCGGCGUUCACUUCCACCGCGAACGUACAGGAGCACGUGGGCCCAAUCCUUGACUACCUCCAGUCCUCGCGCCCGACCGCUGUCAACCUAGGCGAGGCGAUGGACCGGAUUCGUGGCGUCCUCGCUUCUGGCGGUGACGCCGCCGACCUCGUGCAAAAGGUCAAAGACACGUGCUUUGCCGUCCACGCCGAGGACAUGGAGCGUAACCGCGAGAUGGGCCGUCUCGGGGCUGAGUGGCUGUGGAAGAAGCGUGGUGCCGGCAAGAAGGGCCUCAAGGUCAUCACGGUGUGCAACACUGGUUCGCUAGCCACGAGCGGGUACGGCACGGCGAUUGGCGUCAUCACUGCCCUGUACGAGACGGACCACCUCGACACGGCGUACUACGCCCAGACGACGCCUUACCAUCAGGGUUCGCGUCUGACCUCGCUUGAGCUCACGACGCUCCGUGUGCCGGCGUGCAUGAUCUGCGACACGAUGCUCGGCUCGCUCAUGCAGCACCAGGACAUUGAUGGCAUUGUGGUCGGCGCGGACCGUAUCGUCCGGAACGGCGACACGGCAAACAAGAUCGGCACGUACCAGGCUGCGGUGCUUGCCGCGCGCCACAAGGUGCCCUUUGUUGUCGUUGCGCCCGUUACGACUGUGGACCUCAGCCUCGCGACUGGCGCUGAGAUCCACAUCGAGCAGCGGCCGCCUGUUGAAGCCACUCUCGUACGCGGGAAGAACCUCGAGACGGGCGAGCUCAGCGUCGUCCGUAUCACGCCUGAAGGCGUGGGCGCCGACGACAACGAGUGGAACCAGGUCUACAACCCCAGCUUUGACGUGACGCCCGCGGACCUCAUCUCGGCGGUGGUGACUGAGAAGGGAGUGGCGGAGCGCUCUGAGGGCGCGACCAGCAUCGACGUGGCGUCGGUGUGCUAG